AUGAGCAAGAACCCCUUUCCCACAGGAAGCACCAAUGCCACAACUCGACCUUUGGAGCUCGUGCACAGCGACAUCAUGGACCUGGGUGAUGCUCACCCUUCCCUUCGCUAUGUGCUGACGCUCAAGGACGACUACACCAACUACGUGUGGGUGGCGCCGUUGGCUCGCCGGUCCGACAUGGCUGCAGUUUUCUCGGCUUGGCACCGUGAGAUGAAGACCAAGCUGCCCAAGAUGCCGCUGGCUGCCUUGCGCACGGACAACGGGGGGGAGUAUACAUCAAACGCAUUCACGGAUUACCUGAGUUCUCACGGUAUCAAUCACCAAACGUCUUUACCACAUACGCCACAGCAGAAUGGAGUCGCCGAACGGGUUAACCGCACACUCAUGGACCGAGUGCGAGCAAUGACUACCGGGGCCAGCCUUUCCUCCAAGUUCUGGCCUUAUGCACUGGGAUAUGCGGCAUGGUUACACAACCGCAUCAGCUGCAGCAGCAACCCAUCCGCACACUCACCAUACUUCAUGAUGAUGGGAAAGGCAGCAGAUGUCUCCAUGGCCAGAACCUUCGGAUGCCUCUGCUACUUUCUCCCUCCCCAAGGCAGCUUUGGGAAAUUUGAACAACGAGGACGGGCAGGCAUGUUUCUCGGCCUCUCUAACUCACGAAAAGCAUGGAUCGUACGGGACUUGGCAAGCGACGUUGACACGGACACACGCUCAGCUCGCUUCUUUGACGACCUCAUGCUCCCGGACGCCGAGUCUCUGCUCGAACGCCAACGGUACAUCGAUGAAGUCUCACCUCAUAUCUCGGAAUGGACCUCCGGGGGAGAGGACGUUGGAUCAGCAUUCGACUCUUUUCCCGCAUCUCUCACUUCCUCCACGUCAUCUUCUGACGUCUCUACAGCAGAACAACAUGGACCUACGACCAAUGACGCAGCUCAAGAAGACCCACCAGCAGCUACUGAAGCUGAUAUAGGAGAAGAGACAGGGGAAAGUGACUUACCAGCGGCAGGCAUCUCUGUUUGUGAAGGUGCAGACAACAACGAACCAGAAAAUGACGCAGGUCAUCUAUACAACUAUGCCUACCCACCCGAUGGGAUCCCGCUGGCUGCUCCUGACGUGCCACCAAGGCGGGUUCACUUCAACCCAACAGUGACAGUACUUGGAGGAGAAGGACAAGGGAUGGACAAAAUGACAGGACUGGACGUACUGUUUGGGAGGCGGCAGGCAGGACAAACAUUCACACGAUUUCCCAACGUGCAGCAGCAGAACGUACUGGGAUGUGCAGCAACCGACGUCCCCAUAGUGGAGCUGACAUACAAAGAACCAAAAACACUUCACGAAAUAACCAAGGACCCGUACGCACCUCUUUGGCAAGCCGCUGUGGAUGCAGAAUUGGCCAAGUUCGAUGACCUGGAUGCAUACGAAGUGGUGGACAGAGCGGACGUACCAAAAGGAACACCAGUGCUGUCGGAAGGAGUCGUUCUACGGGACCCAGUGUGGCUACUCACUUACGUUGACGACAUCCUCAUCCAGUCUCAUGACGCAGAAGGCAUUGACGCUGUGAUUCAACACUUGAAGCAGCACUUUACCUUAACGGUCAGCAAGACCAUGACACAGUUUUUGGGGCUCAACGUCGCCGCGGACAAUGACUCGAUCGCACUCGGACUCACAAAGUACAUCUCACAGGCUUUGGCGACAUUCGGGAUGGAGGGCAGCCGUUCCGGAGUUCGGACACCGAUCGCCAAGGAACCUGGACCACAAGGAGAACCACCGGACGAGAUUGAUGGUCAAUUGGUGCUGAAACAAGUUGGGACAUUGCUGUACAUCUCAACAGCAGGGCGGCCGGACAUAACAUAUGCGGCGCAUGUGCUGGCCAGGCAAGCAAGCAAACCAACAGCAGCGUCAGUGCUUGGAAUCCACCGGGUGUUCAACUACUUACAGAACACUGCAAACAUGGGGCUGGUGUAUGGAGGAGGAGACUUGGUGCUCCGUGGAUAUACGGACUCGGAUUAUGCGAACGAAGAGGGGCGUCACUCAGUUGGAGGCUACGUGUUUACCUUGGGAGGAGCUGCUGUCAGUUGGAGGACCAAACGACAAACGGUCAUUGCGACAUCAACAGCUGAAGCAGAAUACAUUGCACUGUUUGAAGGAGCAAGGGAAGCCACAUACCUUCGCCGCUUGUGUGAAGACCUCGGUUUUCAACAGCAAGAACCUACCGUCAUCUUUGUGGAUAACCAAAGCGCCAUUGCGCUUGCAACCGGGGAGCAGAUGAGUCAACGUAUCAAGCACAUGGACGUACGUUACCAUUGGACGAGGAAGGCCGUUCGCGAUGGCGUUGUGCGGCCGGAGUACUGCCCAACAACUCAGCAAGCUGCGGAUUAUCUUACCAAGCCCCUCACAGCGAAACAACAUCUCACCUGCAGCCACUUGUGCGGUCUCCAACCUAUUUCACAUGUAACACCAUCUGCACCCAGUACUCACAUUGAAGCUGCUGGAGCUGCACUCUCAAGUCCGGGCUUCUCAAGGGGAGCUGAACAACACGGCAUCACGUAA